AUGGAUGUUUACACGAACCCAGCCAGAGUCAGCCUCCCUGCUUUCCACCCCCGGCUGCGUCUGCUUACCCCACUUAACCUUCGGAGAGAGAGGACACGUCAUACAGAAAAGCGACUCCCAGCUCUGUUUGAUGCCAGGGGAGCUGUAAGCCCUAUAGGGUCUGUCCCGAGGCUGGGCUUAGAUGCAGGGACUACUUCCGAGAGGGUGACUCAGAAGGAAAAGAACAGCUGGGGGGCUGAGGGUGGGGUUUGGACUCAUUCAUUUCAAGUUGUUUGCUUGCCAUCAAGUUGCCAGAACUGA